AUGAGACGAGAAACAGCACAAGGUGAAGACUAUUUGGGAUUGAAGAUCUUUAGGUUUUACUUCAGGUAAGUUGGUUUCUCUAUGUUUUUUUUUGAUUUUAGGUAAAGGAAAGAAGUGUUUUGAAGGAUAUGAUGGUGUAGUAGACAAUAAUUAUUCGUAACUUUAUUCUUUACGAACAUUUUAGGUUUAGUCUUUAAGUUUAGGCUUUAUGGUUUAAUAUAUUGUUUUUACUAAGCUUUUAAGGCCAAAAAAUACAUUUUGAAAGAUAUGUUUAUACUUUAGAUGUUCUAGAUUUGAUAAAAACACUCUUUUUCAUUGCUUUUGGUAAACUGAAAAAAUAUGUUUUUAAAAUGCUCUUUUAGACUAUUUUUUCAACCUUGUAUACUUUCAGAUGUCCAAACUGCCUCGCUGAGCUUGUAUUCAAAACAGAUAUUGAGAAUGUAGACUACCAGAUGGAACAUGGAGCCACCCGACUUUUUGAAGCUGCAAAAUACUACCAACAAAAGCAAAAAGAAGCUGAAGAGUUAGAGGAAGCAGAGAAGAAUGAUCCUAUGAAAGUAUUGGAGAAGAGAACAGAAGCCAGUAGAGCUGAAAUGGAAGCCGUUCACAAGUUAGGAGAGCUUCAGGAAAUGAACAGAAGGAACAACAAGGUCGACUUGAUAAGCUUUUUGGAUUCUCAACAGAUGGACGUGCAACUAACUCAAGCGCAACGCCACAAGUUACAAGAAGAAGAAGAUGAAAAAGAAGUUCAGAGAUUGAUGGCUAAGAAGAAGGUUGAAGUUAAAGAAGAGACGGAAGAAGUGGCAGAAGAGGAACAAAAGCCAUCUAGUUCGAAGAUUCAAUGGAAAGCACCUGCUAAAAGAAAUGCUCCGAAUUUACUUGCUGGAUUUAUAAAGAAGAAAGCAAAGGUUAAAGAAGAAGUGAAGCCUAAAUCCGAAGUUCUUUCGUCUUCUAUUACAUCGGAUACUCCUUCGUCGUCAAAUGGUCUCUUAGCUCCUCGUACUUCUGCUUCUACUAGCAUUGCACAGAUUGGAUCAUCAUUACCUAUUGAGAUGCCAGAAGAACCUGGAUGUUCAACAUCAACUUCUAUAUUGGUCGACAAAGCUGGUGGAACGACUGGCAAACCUGUCUCUAAUAGAGCUGCUGUUUUAGGAGCUUUGGUUGGAAAUUAUGGUUCAUCUUCAGAAGAUGAAGAAUGA